CGCACGUGAAGCAAGAUGGAAAGCAGAAAGACUCCGAAAAAACAGAAUAAAAGUAAGAAAAAGAAUGUUAAGACGGCAGAGAAGGCGAGUGUUACGCAGCAGGAGGAUGCGGCUGGUGGUUGUGUUGAGCAAAAAGAGAAAAUGGAGAGCGGAGAAGCAGCAGUUUUCCCUCCGACCUUCAGUGUGUCUGAAAUUAAGAACAAACAGCGCAGGCACCUAAUGUUCAUGAAGCUGAAGCAGGAGAAGAGAAAGCAAAAAGUGCUGCAGAAGAAAAAGAAGAAAAAAGAAAGAGAAGCUUUAGGUGACAAGGCACCACCAAAAGCGGUCCCAAAGACGAUAGAAAACCAGAGAGUGUAUGACGAGACAAUGGUUGACCCUGAAGAUGAAGAGGUGGCUUUUGAUGAAGGAACUGAUGAAUUUGCUGCUUACUUUAAUGGGCUGACAAACCCCAAAGUUCUCAUCACAACGUCAGACAGACCCAGAGGGAGGACGGUGCGUUUUUGUGAGCAGCUGGCCUCGGUUAUCCCAAAUGCUUAUGUGUACUACAGAAGAGGCUUGGCCCUGAAGAGGGUAAUUCCACAGUGCAUCUCCAGGGACUUCACGUACCUUAUAGUCAUCAAUGAGGACCGUAAGAUACCCAAUGGAAUGGUUCUCUGUCAUCUACCUAAUGGGCCAACGGCACACUUCAGGGUCAGCAGUGUUCGACUACGCAAGGAGAUUAAGAGGCGAGGUAAGGAUCCAACUAAACACUUUCCAGAGGUGAUCCUAAACAAUUUCACCACACGUCUGGGCCACAGCAUCGGACGACUGUUCGCUGCACUUUUCCCACAAAACCCUGAGUUUGUUGGUCGUCAGGUUGCCACCUUCCACAACCAGAGAGACUUUAUCUUCUUCCGAUUCCACAGGUAUAUCUUCAAGAAUGAGAAGAAAGUCGGUAUCCAGGAACUAGGACCUCGUUUCACCCUCAAACUCCGCUCUCUCCAGAAAGGCACCUUCGACUCAAAGUUCGGAGAGUAUGAGUGGGUCCUAAAGCGCCAUGAAAUGGAAGCCUGCAGAAGGAAGUUCCACCUCUGAAUUCACACCAGGGGCCAGACAAAGACACACUAUUAUAACAGCUGUUCUGUGCUUUGCACAGAUGAAUUUUAACACUGGUAUCUCAGACUGUUUAACAGCAACACUUGUCCUGUGUUGUAAAGCUGGGUGUGCAGUGUCUCAUUUCCCUUCAUCUCUGGACAUUUGUCUAGUAACAGGAACCUGUGGCUCAAUGCAGACGCUGUGGGCAUCUCGCACCUCUGUGGAAA